CGUCAGAGAGCAGCACGCGGUGAAGAAGCCAACAUGGCGGCAGUGUUGGAGCGCAGCUUCAUAGAGAUCUGCGGCUUCGAGAGAGAGACUUUGCAGCGCUUCAGAGAGCUGACAGUGGAGCUCGAUGUGACUGCUCUUCCUGGAGGUGUGAAGUUUCCGGACAGUGCUGGAGCGUUCCAUUAUGAAGAAAGCGGGAAGCUGCUGUCUGUAGUCAGUAACAGAUUCAUUCACUGGAGCACAUCAGGUGACUCGGUGCAGCUGGUGGAGACGUCUCUGGACACCAACCUGCUGAACAAUGCCGUCCGACUGCGUGUGUGUCACUGCAGCGUGCUGCCUGGAGGCGUCACCAUCCAGGAGACGCUCAACAAUGUCAUCAUCCUCAUCUCCACCAAUCAGAGCGUCCAUAGGCUGGUGUUGCCCCACCCGUCACGCAUGUACCGCAGCGAGCUGGUGACGGAGCUCCACAUGCAGUCCAUCUUUACUGAUGUGGGGAAACUGAGCUUGGAGGACCCGUCUCACAGUGUCCUGAUCCCCAGCUCAGUGGGACAGACGGGGAGUCCACACACGUCCACAGCGUGGCUCAGUCAGUCCGGAGAGGCUCACUAUGCUCUGGCUUCACCUGCCGGAGGCAUCAUGGUACUGUCUCUGCCGCCGCACGACACACCAGGCAGCGUGGCCGUACUGGAGCUGAAGAGGAGCUCCAUGAUGCAGAGGCUGUCAGGCUGGAUGCCCUCGGCCAUGCGGGGGGAACAGAGUCCGGCUGACCUGGUCCUCAGUCUGGCUGUCAGAGAGCUGGAGGAGGACUGCUUCAUCUUUGCUCUCUGUCAGGACCACAAGCUGCGCAUGUGGUCCUUCAGGGAGCAGGCGUGUCUGCUGGAGACUGACAUGUUGGAGUACAUGCCGGCGUGCCGUGGCGUAAAACGCCUGUCGGGUCAGGGUCACCGCCUGAGGCUGGCGUUCUCCUCCACCACUGGCCUCUGUCUGUGUGUCUACCUCGCCGUCCCUCAGAGAGGACAGUUCACCGUCCUGCAGCUGGUGGCCACCGACAACAACCGCUACAGCCUCGACCACAUCUCCUCACUGUUCACCACUCAGGAGACUCUGGUGGAUUUCACUCUGACCUCCACAGACAUCUGGGCCGUCUGGGUGGACGAUUCAAACACUACCGUGGUCAAAUACAUCAACUUUGAGCAUAACACAGCAGGUCAGUGGAACCAGGUGUUUGUUCAGCCUCCACCUGAAGAAGAAGUCCAUAUCGGCGUGGACCAGGAUCCCAGAGAGACGUACCUGGAGGUCCUCUUCUCUCCUCUACGCUUCACAGCUUCAGCCAUCGUUAAAGCUCUACAGAUCUUCCGGCGGGGCUCCGAGAGGAUCACUGAUGUGUCGUGGGAGAGUCUGAAGAAGGAGGUGACGGUGGCCGUGGAGAGCGAGCUGCAGAGCAGUGUGACAGAGUUUGAGUUCUCUCAGGAGGAGUACCGGCAGCUGCAGGUGGAAUUCUGGUCCAAGUUGUAUGCAUGCUGUCUCCAGUACCAGGAAUCUUUGUCGCUGCCUCUGGGGCUGACUGUGAGCCCCCACACCGGCAUGGCCUGUCUGCUCAAGAAGGGCUUUGUGUCGUUCCUCCUGCCAUGUUUUGCUGUGGAUCACCUGUACCUGUCUUAUGAUGAGUACCUGUUCUCAGAGGAGGAGACACCCAUCGCUGAAGACCCGGAGGUGGGCCGUGAUGUGCUGCAGCUGGUCCAGUGUCUGCGGCUCAUCAGUGAUGCAGUUUCUGGAGCGAUGGCGUACGAGAUGGAGAAAGCUCUGGAACACCUUCAGUCCCCUGAAAGAGCAGCAGAACUCGUCCUGGAGAACCUGCUGUCCAACGACAAUGAUAACGUGGUCGAGGAUAUCCAGAACAAACUGCAGGACAUCAGGAACCCGAUGGCAGCCAUGAAUGUUCUGCUGAGGGAGAUGGACCUGGAGACGGACUCCGAGGUCGGGGGAGAUGGACCACUCGCACCUGGUCAGAGUCUGAACGUGAGGAUCAGCCUGUCUCAGCUGUAUGGGAGCACCUCAGCCCUGUCCAUCGUCUGUCAGGCCGUCUGUCACAUGACCAUGACCAGAGCGCUGUUCUGUCGAGACCUGCUGAUCCUGCAGAAACUCUACCUGCGCUUCGGAGACAAUGUGUUUCUGGGUGGGGGUGCUCAGCUGCUGCAGCUCCAGCAGGACCUGAUCCCUCGGAGCUCCGCCCUCCUCUCCUCCUAUCACCUCCUCAAACACGUCAGCCAGAGCCUUGCCUCCUCCGUCCCCAUGGACAUCAUAGAUGCUAACCUACAGCACCUCACAGUGUUGCAGCUGUCCGACUCUCCAGUCCUCUCCGCCAACAGAUCAGUGUUGAGUCCUCAGACGGUGGUGGAGCUCUUCUAUCAGACUGCAGCAAGGAAGAUGAUCAUCUCUCAGAUUUACUCUCAGCAGCAGAGUAACUCUCUGCUCAACUGGAGUCACAUGAUCUCCAAUGUGGUCAACUUGCUCGCUCAGCUGCUUUGGCCCAGUAACCCUGGUUUCCAGUUCCCAGAGUGUCUGAUGGCCAACUGUCAGUACACCCAGCUACAGGAGUACGUGCGGCUGAUUGGUCCCUGGUGUCAGGUGAACAUCGGCUCCUGUCGCUUCAUGCUGGGUCAGUGUUACCUGGCCAAUGGGGAGGGUCAAAAGGCGUUGCAGUGUUUUCAGGAGGCAGCAACGGAGGUGGAGAAGGAAGAGUUCCUGAUGAGACUGACGGGCACGGAGGAGGAGGAGGCCCCCUCCAGCCCCCGAUUACAGUACUAUAACAAGGUGCUGCGGCUGUUGGAGGAUGUGGGUCUACCUGAGCUGGUCAUCCAGUUGGCUUCUCUGGCCAUAACGGAAGCUGUCACUGACGUCAAUAGCCAGGCCGCUCUGUGGACUCGAAUAUUCAAACAUCACCUGGAUCUGGGACACAACAGUGAAGCUUACGAAGCGCUCACACAGAACCCCGACUGCAGCAUGCAGCUGGACUGUCUCCGUCAGCUGGUGGUGGUUCUGUGUGAACGAUCUCAGCUCCAGGAUUUAGUCCAGUUCUCCUAUGUCAACCUGCACGAUGAGGUCGUCAGUAUCAUCGAGUCUCGGGCCCGAGGUCUGGACCUGCUGGCUCAUAACUACUAUGAGCUGCUGUACGCCUUCCACAUCAACAGACACAACUACAGGAAAGCGGGGACGGUGAUGUUUGAGUUCGGGAUGCGUCUCGGUCGAGAGGUCCGGACUCGUCUCGGUCUUCAGAAGCAGGUGAACUGUUACCUGGCUGCUCUCAACUGUCUCCGCCUCAUCAGACCAGAGUACGCCUGGAUCGUCCAGCCCUCUUCCGGAGCCACGUACGAGCGCCCAGGAGCAUCUCCGAAGAGGAAUUCUGACGGAGAGCUUUCUUCUGAACCAGUCAAACGUCAGGUGGACAUCCUGGAACUCAAGGACCUGGAAAAAGAGUACAUCCUGUCCCGCAGCCGUCUCACCCUCGCCCAGCACCACCCGCCGUCUGCUGCCAUCGCUGGCAGUGCCUCAGCAGUGGAGAUGGUGUCCCUGUUGGUGCAGAACGGCCUGUUUGACUCGGCUCUGUUAGUCUGUCAAACCUUCAAACUGAGUCUGACUUCGGUCUUCGAGGGUUUGACCUUCAAGUGCAUUAAGCUUCAGUUCGGGGGGGAGGAGACUCAGAAUGAAGCCUGGAGCUGGUUGGCUGCUAAUCAGCUUUCAUCUGUCGUCAACACCAAAGAAUCCAGUGCAACGGACGAGGCGUGGCGGCUGCUGGCCUCUUACCUGGACAGGUAUCCUUCCGCCAAUGGACAGCACCACCGCUGCGUCAUCAACAAGGUGCUGUCACAUGGCGUCCCGCUGCCUGAUUGGCUCAUCAAGUCUUACAAGGGCAUGGAUGCGGCGUCUCUGCUGCGUCUCUACCUGAACUUUGACCUCCUGGAAGCGGCGUCGGAGCUCGUGUUGGAGUACGUGGACGCUCUUCUUGGGAGAGGACACCAGUACUUUGGAAUAGAGAGGCCUCUGUCAGCGACGUCGUCUUCAGUCUGGCUGCCGUACACGUCAAUCGAUCAGCUGAUGCAGAUUCUAAACGAGACACAGACGAACAGCAGCAUUUAUAAUAAAGUUCGAGACAAACUGGACGAUUAUCACAAACUGGUAGAGCAGACGACCAAACGGAGACUCGUGGCUCGAUAAGGACUCAUCAGGUCACCUGACGACCGCAACCACCCAGACUCGGCUGAAACACC